AUGGUUAACUUAUCAUCCUUCUCUUCUAUUCAUUUCCUCUUUUAUUCUCUUGUUAUAUCUCUCUCUUCCACUGUCAUAUGUGGUGGAAUUGAGACAGAUCAUGAGGCUUUGCUGAAGAUUAAGUCGUUGAUCACUCGAGAUCCAUAUGGAGCUCUAACCUCAUGGAACGAUUCUCUUCAUUUAUGUGACUGGAGUCAUGUUUAUUGUGGGAAGCGGCAUAGAAGAGUGACUUAUAUAAACUUGUCAUCGCAAGGUCUAGAAGGCUCACUGUAUCCUCAUGUGGGGAACCUGAGCUUCCUCCGGACGCUUUCUCUUGGUAACAACAGCUUUCAAGGAGCCAUCCCUCAAGAAGUUGGUGGUCUUUAUUCGGCCAUAGGUGCAAUGCUUCCUAAUCUUUUUUGGCUUCAAUUAUGGGGUAACCAACUAAGUGGACCUCUUCCGGCAUCCAUUUCUAAUUGUACGAGUUCAAAACUUCUUGAACUCAAUAAAAACAAGUUUAGUGGACACUUGACAGUUGACUUUUCAAAGCUAACGAAGAUGGAAAUUAUAAACAUCGAAGAUAACCUCUUUGGAAGCAAAGAAGCAGAUGAAAUGAAGUUUAAUGAUUCUUUGAAAAAUUGCAGAAGAUUAAAGAGCUUAGCAUUUGGUAAUUGCGGGUUUCAAGGAGUUCUCCCUAGAUCAAUUGGUAAUCUUUCUAAUCAACUCUAUGAGCUAACAUUUUAUGGAAAUCAGUUACAUGGAAACCUCCCUAGUUCAAUCGGUAAUCUUGUUGGCUUGAAUAAGUUGUCAUUAGGAGGAAACCAAUUCACGGGAAAUAUCCCUUCAACCAUUGGUAAACUUCAAAACUUGCAAGACCUUUAUUUGUAUGAAAACCAACUUUCAGGGCAAAUUCCUGAUUCCAUAGGGAACUUGUCAUCAUUGCUAAAACUUUCUUUAUCUUCAAACAUGUUAGAAGGGGUAAUUCCAUCAAGUCUAGGAAAUUGUCAUCAUAUAUUAUCCUUGUUCCUUAAUGACAAUAAACUUAAUGGGAAAAUACCUGUACAACUUCUUCAACUUUCAAGUCUCUCCAUAACAUUGGAUCUUUCUCAAAAUAACCUGUUUGGUUCACUUCCAACUGAGAUUGGAAACCUCAACAUGUUGACUACUCUGAAUUUAUUUGAUAAUAAUUUUUCUGGUAACAUUCCUAGUAGCCUUGGUGGCUGUAGUAGCCUAUUACGGUUGUCCCUCAAAGGCAAUUUAUUUCAAGGUAUGAUACCAUUAUCAUUAAAUUCCUUGAAAGGAUUGGUGGAACUCGAUAUUUCUCAUAACAACUUUUCGGGGCAUAUUCCUAGAUUUUUCGAAAAGUUUAAGUUAGAAUAUUUGAACCUAUCAUAUAAUAAUUUUGAGGGUGAAGUUCCAAUGUUAGGAGUGUUCGCUAAUGAAAGUACAUUCUCUGUUUUGGGGAAUAGAAGGCUUUGUGGUGGCAUUAUUGAACUUGGGUUAUCCAAAUGCAAGGAGACAAGUAAAUUUACAAAGAAGCUUCAUCUCUAUUUAAUAGUCACAUUGAUCGCAUCCGCACUUUUCACCGCAACAUGUUUAGCAUAUGCUUGGUGUAAGAAGAAAAGAAAGAGCCAUCUUUCACCAUCGUCAACAAGCGAACGACACCUAAAAGUUUCAUACAGUCAACUUCUAAAGGCUACCAAUGGGUUCUCCGAAUCCAAUUUGAUUGGAACUGGUGGUUAUAGUUCUGUUUAUAAAGGAAUCCUUUUUGAAGAUAAUGACACAUUUGUUGCAAUCAAAGUUCUACAUCUUCAUACUCGAGGAGCUCAAAGAAGCUUUAUGAGGGAAUUUGAAGCAUGGCGGAAUCUUCGACACAGGAAUUUGUUGAAGAUUAUAACUUCAUGUUCAAGUAUUGACUUUCAAGGAAAUCCAUUCAAAGCUUUGGUAUAUGAGUUCAUGCCCAAUGGGAGUUUGCAUGAUUGGUUGCAUUCAAGUGGAAAUACAUCAAGGCUAAACCUUCUUCAAAUGAUAAAAAUUCUUAUGGAUGUAGCAAAUGCACUUGAUUAUAUUCAUAAUCACUGUCUACCAACCAUUAUUCAUGGUGACCUGAAUCCUAGUAACAUUCUACUCGAUAAUGAUAUGGUGGCUCAUGUUGGAGAUUUCGGUUUAGCUCGGUUUCUUGGAACUUCAUACCAAAACAACUCAACUGGGAUUCGCGGUACAAUGGGUGACAUUGCUCCAGGUAUAAUAGGCUUUCAUAUUUACUUACAUUAUUAACUUUUUUAUAAUGUAAUUGCUUGUAAGUUGCAGAGUAUGGUCUCGGGAGUGAGAUGACAAGUAAUGGGGAUAUCUACAGUUUUGGAAUACUAGUUCUAGAGGCGAUGGCCGGGAAACACCCAACUGAUGACAUCUUUAAUGAAGACCUUAGCCUUCAUAAAUUUGCUUCAAUGGCCUUGCUAGACAAUGUAAUUGAUAUCAUUGAUGUUAACAUUCUAAACCUGUAUCAAGAUGAUAGAAUUGUUCUGCAAAAUAAUGAAGAAAAUGCCAAGAAAAUAGAGGAAUGUUUGACUCUAACAAUUAAGAUUGGAGUAGCAUGCUCUGUGGAUUCCCCAACACAAAGGAUGGAUGUCAAAAAGGUUGUGCGUGAAUUGCAGCGGAUUCUCGAUACACUUGAAAAUAUUUGAGGUAACAAUAAUGAGUGAAGUUUAGCACGACUGAGCUCUAGAAAGUGACUUGAAUCGAAACUUAUGUGCAUUGAAUGUUUAUUUAUCUGUAAGACACUUGUUUUAUUUGGGAUUAUGUUUGGUUUGUUUUGGUUUGAAGACAAGUACUGCUUACCAUUUGGUGUCGACCUAUAUCGCGACAUAUUUUAUUGAGAUGUAUUUUAGUAUUUUCUUUUGUAUUGAUGUGCCACGAUAUGUGAUUUUUCAUAGUUUUUAAAUUAGGAUGAAAAAAAAUUGUGAGCUCUUUGUUUUUUAGAGUAAAACCACUCAGUUAGGGGGAGGGAGUUGUUGCACUUUUCUCAGAUUUUUUUUGUUUGCCACAUUAGCGUCACAUAAACUUUUUCCCUACUUUUCCUGGUUGUCCCAGAAUAAAUAAAUGAUGCUAUCCUAAUUUUCCUCUUAACUCCCCAAAACUAAAUUAUUUUAAACUAAUUUAAAUUUUAAA